GCAGCGUGUUUUCCGCUUCUUCAGUGCACCUUCACUGUAUUUAUAGUCUACAAAUCUUACUGUCGAGAAAGGAAACAGAGGGAUCUCUCGGAAAUCUUCUGGAGUCUCAUAUUGCAGCACCUCUUGCCUCUCCAACCUCCCGGCAUAACUGAAGAUCGGACUCAAAGAUUUGAAAAGGACAAGAGAACUCCACUUUACCAAAGCGAGAACAUAAGGUAAACAGUACAGCAAACAGUAGCACUUUGUUGGCCAGAUCUACUGUUUAAUACAAAUGAUUAAUAUCAUCGUUAUUGCAGUUAUUUAUGUUUUGAUUAGCAUAUGUUAAUAUUAACACUGUCAUUGUCGCUAAUAGGCAUAUAUUUCCCAGAUGUUACAGACAGCCUAUGAUGUGUUAUCUAAACAUGUUUUUGGUUUUGAGCCCGCAAUGACGCAAGUAAGGGUUUUGGUCCCGUAAUGCGGUAGAUUAAAAUUGAAUAGGAAUUACAGCACGUCGCAAGCAUUAAACAUUUUGACAGGAGAAACAUAAUUAAUUGUAUAUCUUAACACACAUUAAACAUCACCAUAAUGAAGACAAAAAUUAACUUUAAAGGCAACUUUAAAAAUCAUUUUUUUGUGCAUAUUCCCCAAAGAUUCGAAAGCCUGUUACCGGGUUAUAGGCUAUAUUUUAAUAUGAUCUAAUUUGGUCAAACAGCCUUUUAACAGCAAUAUGCAUUAUUAUGGUUAUUAUUGUUGUUGUUAAUGUUACUAUUGUUAUUAUAAUUAUUAUCCCGGUAUGUUGGAUAAGUAGCCUACCAAUGAAACUUGAGGGAAGUUAUAGCCACCAGAAGUCAAGAAACCUUUUUACGAGGCAGCAACACCCCAGACAAACGUGUGUCUUAGGCCAGAUACCCUACAUAAGUACGGGAGAGUCGGUAUAAAUGUAACAGUUUUGGAUUUUGCUAAUUUACUCGGGAUAUAUUUUGCCUAGCACUUCAAACAGCUCUGAUGUCAGUAGUCAUUACCCGUUUCAAUUACGUUCAUAACUUAAUCGAGUCGGAUACAAUUGAAACUCAUAUGAAAUUCAUAUGACCUAGUCAGUAUAAUUGUAACAGUAAAUGAGAACACCAUAUGAUGCACACACUAAUGUUAAUAAAGGAAACACAUUUGUGAUGGUAACCGGAGACCAGCCACAGCCGCAGAUUAUGAUGUGUGGGACUUAAUGAAAAAACCUGUGCUAACUUUGACGCACAAACAGCUUCGUGACCUACCGUGAAGUGAGUCGUGGAAACGUCCAAAUCGACGAGGAAAGCUGUUUUUGUUUGUUUCUUAACACCCAGCUAAGAGAUGGAGGGCAGUGGCAGUGCUUGGUUAGCGCCCGCUUGUGGAAUGGAAGGGAACUGCAGCAGGCCGGCUUUCGAAGUGGCGGUACGCCAGAGCACCUCCAACCGCAGCCUGCCGUUCGCGGACGUGGAGCUCCUGCAGUCCUACAAGCCACUCAUCAUCCCCUGCUACGCCCUGGUGGUGCUGGUGGGCUUCGUGGGCAACUACCUGCUGCUCUACGUCAUCUGCCGCACCCGCAAGAUGCACAACGUCACUAACUUCUUCAUCGGGAACCUGGCCUUCUCCGACAUGCUGAUGAGCGUCACCUGCGUGCCUUUCACACUGGCCUACGCCUUCAACCCGCGCGGAUGGGUGUUCGGCCGCUUCAUGUGCUACCUGGUCUACCUCACGCAGCCCGUCACCGUCUAUGUGUCCGUCUUCACCCUCACCGCCAUCGCCAUAGACAGGUACUAUGCCACCGUGCACCCGCUGAAGAAGCGCAUCUCUGUGCUGGCGUGUGCCUACGUGCUGUCGGGCAUCUGGCUGCUGUCCUGCGGGCUGGCGGCUCCUGCGGUCGCCCACACCUACCACGUGGAGUUCCGGAAGGAGGGCUUCACCAUCUGCGAGGAGUUCUGGAUGGGGCAGGAGGAGCAGCGCCUGGCCUACGCGUACGGCACCCUGCUCCUCACCUACGUGCUCCCGCUGUCCGCCGUCUGCGUCUCCUACAUCUGCAUCUCCGUCAAGCUGCGCAGCUGCGUGGUCCCCGGCCACCGCAGCCAGCUGCAGGUGCAGGCGCAGCGCGUACGCAAGCGCAAGAUCUUCCGGCUGGUGGCGCUGGUGGUGGCAGCGUUCGGCGUCUGCUGGCUGCCCAUCCACGUGUUCAACGUGCUGCGCGACGUGGACAUCCGGCUGAUCGACAAGCGCCACUUCCUGCUCAUCCAGCUGCUGUGCCACCUGUGCGCCAUGUGCUCCUCCUGCUGCAACCCCUUCCUGUACGCCUGGCUCCACGACCGCUUCCGCGCCCAGCUGCGCAAGAUGUUCGCCCGCCGGCCCCGCGUGGGCGCGCACCCCAACCACUGCGCCACCGCCAGCGUGGUGCUGUAGGCCCCGCCCUCAGUCCCAAAAGGGAGGGGCAAGCAGCGAAACCACUGCGCCACCGCCAGCGUGGUGCUGUAGGCCCCGCCCUCAGUCCCAAAAGGGAGGGGCAAGCAGCGAAACCAGAGGAGAGGGGAUGGAAAUUAGUGGGCGGAGCCAAUAGAAGGCACAGGGCGGAAGAGUGACAGAUGCAGACACAAACCUGUGUGAGAUCUGGUUAAAACGGUUCAACCCUGUGCUCGAGAUCCCAGGGCACUAACCAGGCCCAACCUGGGACAGUGCCCAUAGCAGCCAGCGCACGAUCAGACCCCUGCCCACGAAGAACUUGGAGCACAGCUGGGUGGCACACACACAGGCACUCUCAGCCAGGGGGAGGAGUUAUAAAGUCAUGUGACCUUCCCUACACCACCCCCCUGAACAAGACCACCCACCUGAAACUGAAACGGCCUCUCCUGUAUAGUUCUACAGUUCUCCGCUCAUGAGCAUGAACCGGAGGGCCUGUCCAUGCUCACUUCAGGCUGUAUAAUGCAGCUCGCCCUAUUCAUGCUGCCACUCAUGUUUCACCCUCAGCUCUGUGAAAUGAGAAGUAAAUGAAGGACGGACCUGUGUGGCCAUGCUGUCAUUAUGACCUGCAUGUGUGUCCGUCUCAACGCGUGCAUUACAGCGGUUCCUCUUCCAGGAAACUCAUCAGACUUUCCCCAUCCUGUUGUCAUAUUGAAAUAAACAAUCUUUGUCCUGUUUCUGUAACCUGUGGCAUGUUUUACUGAGAACCUAGUUAUUUUCAGUCACACCAUUAAAGCUUGGUCCCAAAUCAAUUAA